UAGAAUUUAUAAAGGUAAAACAAGGUGAGUAGUCCAGUGUUUAAACCUCUUAACAAGUAUUACUUACCCAUUCCUUUACAUAAUAAAACUAAUCUACUCUCUAACUCAUCUCACAAGUAGGCCAAUAGAUGGAAAAUGAUGAAUUGCUUAAAGCAAAAGAGAAAAAGAAGAGGUUAGAGGGAAAUCGAUUCAAGCAGCAAACUCUACCUGCUUGGAGGCCAGUACCGACCAUAGUCUCUUCUAUGAUCACCUUCCUUGUCUUUGGAGUGAUCUUUCUCACAUUUGGAAUAGUGCUAAUAGAGUUCACAAAGGAUAUUGUAGAAGUAGAAUACAGAUAUGAUAAUAAUUGAGCUGUUGGCUCUUCAUGUACACAUACUCUCAAUAUUCCAGAGGAUAUGGAGCAGCCAAUCAUGGUGUACUAUAAGAUUGAUAAUUUCUUUCAAAAUCACAGGAGAUAUUUAAAAAGUAUUAACUAUAGCCAACUUAAAGGCCAGAAUAAGGGUGUCGGAUCUUUGGGGUCUUGUGAUCCAAUAAUCACAAAUAAAGAUUUAGGACGUAGUACAAGUUAUGGAGGGACACCACUAGAUCCUGAUGCUCCAGCAAACCCAUGUGGACUAAUUGCUAAAACACUCUUUACAGAUACAUACUCAAUUUCUGACUAUAGCAUUGAUGAAACAAAUAUUGCUUGGGACUCAGAUGUUGAUGAUACAUUUGGGCAACCUGCCAAUGCAUCAAAUAUUCAAUGGGUCAGCUCUAUUGAUGAGCAUUUUAUCGUCUGGAUGAGAACAGCUGGAAUGCCAAACUUUAGGAAACUAUGGGGAAGAAUCAGGACAGAUAUCCCAAAAGGUUCUAUCGCAUUAACAGUGAAUAAUAACUAUGAUGUAUCCUCUUUUGACGGCAAAAAGACAUUUAUUCUCUCAACCACAAAUGCAUUUGGUGGGAAAAACUAUUUACUAGCAAUCUGAUCCUUGGUUGCCGGAUCUCUUUGUUUCAUUUUCGCUCUUGCAAACUAUUUAGGAUCUUGGGUACUCAAAAAUAAUAAAGCUGCUAAUGAAGGAAACAACAAUUUACAUGUGGAUUAAACUCUUUGCUUUGAAUCUCAAGAUGCUUCACUUAAUUAUACUUACAAAAUUUCA